AGAGAGAUGGAUCCAGAAGGUUGCUUGUUUCGGUGGGACCCAACGAGAACAAUGGCUCAACCGCCUCCUGGUCGUCUCCUGGAGUCCGUGGCUCCGCCGCCACCGCAGCAGCCGCCGCAGUCUCCGGCGACUGCGGCGGCGGUUGCGGCGUUCGGGCUGAGGUUGGGUGGUCUGGAGGGCUUGCUCGGAGCGUACGGAAUAAGGUACUACACGGCGGCGAAGAUAGCGGAGCUAGGGUUUACUGCGAGCACUCUCGUGGGCAUGAAGGAGGAGGAGCUCGACGACAUGAUGAACAGCCUCUGCCAUAUUUUCCGGUGGGAGCUUCUCGUCGGAGAACGAUACGGCAUCAAAGCCGCCAUCAGAGCUGAGCGGCGGCGCUUGCAGGAGGAGGAAGACGACGCCUCCAGGCGCCGACACUUCUUCCUUUCCUCCACUGCCGCCCCCGCCGGAGACUCCGGCACUCACCCCCAUGAUGCACUCUCUCAGGAAGGGCUAUCAGAAGAGCCUGUGCAACAAGAGAAGGAUCCGGCGGUAAACGGCGGAGGGGCAGCGUCGUCGGCGUCGAGGAAGAAGCAGCAGAGGCGGAGGAAGAAGCCGGAGGAAGCGGGGGCGGAGGAAGACGCCGGAGAUGACGACGUGGAUGACGUGGGCACGGAGAGACAGAGGGAGCAUCCGUUCAUCGUGACGGAGCCAGGGGAAGUGGCACGUGGCAAAAAGAAUGGCCUUGAUUACCUCUUCCACUUGUACGAACAAUGCCGUGAGUUCCUCCUCCAAGUCCAGUCUCUUGCCAAAGACCGUGGCGAGAAAUGCCCUUCCAAGGUGACGAACCAAGUGUUCAGAUACGCGAAGAAAUCGGGAGCCAGUUACAUAAACAAGCCCAAGAUGCGCCACUACGUCCACUGCUACGCCCUCCACUGUCUGGACGAGGAAGCCUCAAACGCCCUCCGACGCGCUUUCAAAGAACGCGGCGAGAACGUGGGCGCUUGGCGUCAGGCGUGUUACAAACCGCUCGUCGCGAUCGCAGGACGCCGCGGUUGGGACAUCGACGCCGUCUUCAACGCCCACCCUCGCCUCUCCAUCUGGUACGUCCCCACCAAGCUCCGACAGCUAUGCCACGCCGAACGCAGCAACGCAGUCGCUGCCGCUGCGUUUGGCGGUUGCGGGAGCGGUGGGAGUUCCGCGUCUGGCCACAGCGAACAGUUGCGUUACUAGUUGACGACGUUGCUGGGUUGUUUGUUUUGUUGCUUAAAUCUUAUGUAUCGGAAGAUAUGCCACGAUGUGCUGUCGCUUUUGACUGAUUAAUUAAUUAUACGUGCAAAUUAUGGUUUUCUAAUGCAAAA